AUGAAAAAGGCAUUGAUAGUCCUUGUCGUGCUCGCUGUCAUUGCAGCGGGUGCCGGAUGGAGCCUCUCCGCACCUACGCGGAUGACCGAACAGCAGGCGGCCGCGCUGAAGACAGGUGACCCGGUGAAGGGGGAACUCGUAUUCUGGGCUGGCGGUUGCGCUUCGUGUCAUGCGGCAAAGGAUGCAAAGGGCGAAGAUCUGCUCAAUCUUGGUGGCGGAUUGCGGCUGGAAACUCCAUUCGGUGUCUUCGUUGCACCGAACAUCUCUUCCAGUGAGGCCGAUGGCAUCGGUGCCUGGUCCUUGACGGAUUUCGCCAAUGCCAUGACACACGGAACAUCGCCGGAUGGGGCAAACUAUUACCCGGCGUUUCCCUAUUCGUCAUAUGCGCGGAUGUCGGUCGAAGACCUUGGCGACCUUUACGCGUUUUUCAAGACGCUGCCCUCGGUCGAGGGCAAAGCCCCGGGGCAUGAACUCGGGUUCCCGUUCAACAUUCGCCGCGGUCUUGGUCUCUGGAAACGCCUCUUUCUGAAUCCGGAGCCUGUGAUAGCUGCACCGGUUUCCGGCAACGAGGUUGAUCAGGCGCUGUGGGACAGGGGGCGAUAUCUGGUGGAAGGUCCCGGACACUGCGGGGAGUGCCACACAGCACGUGAUAUUGCCGGCGGGCUGAUUCUCUCGCAUUGGCUCGGCGGUGCACCGGCACCGACAGGUGAAGGCCGGAUACCUGACAUUACACCUGUUGAAGGCAAGUUCGGCAGUUGGAGCGCGGCGGACAUUGCUUACUAUCUGGAGAGCGGGUUCACGCCGGAAUAUGAUUCCGUCGGCGGGGAGAUGGUCAAGGUCCAGGAAAACAUGGCCCGGCUUCCUGCAAGUGACCGGGAAGCGAUUGCGGCUUAUCUCAAGGCGAUUCCGGUCGUCGCUCCGACAGCAAAUUGA